ACAUUUUUUUAUUAAUAAAAAAAGACUCUCAGACUCUCUCCCUCUCUGUCUCUCUCUCUCUCUUGCACUUUAUGCUGUUCAAAUUCGAUACUUUGCUAUUUUCCAUUUUUUUUUUUUAAUUUCUUUUGGUAUUUUUGCUGAGAACGAGGCCCUUUGUUUCAAAGAGAAAGAAAGAGAGAGAGAGAGAGAGAGAGAGAGAGAGAGAGCUUCAACUUCUUUCUCUCUCUGUCUCUCUCUUAUGUCUGCCGCAUUGUCUUGUUCUACUUAGAAUCUAAUCUCACUUCCACGCAUUAAAGCAUUGUCUCUCUUUCUCUUUCUUUCUAGUCGUUGUGUUUCAUAUUUUCUUUUUUUUUUUUCUGUUUCUGGGUUUGUUUGCUAAACUUUCAUAGAGUGUAUACAUAGCACCAUAAGAGCAAAGCAAGAUAACCCAACUGUUGUUUGGUCCUAUUCUUACAAGUUUUGGAGCUUUUACAAUAGCUUUUUAAGAGCUUUGAGAAUUUUACUUGGAAAAUUUACAGAACUGAGCUUGUUCUUAAUCCCCCACAAGAGUGAAAAUCAAAAUUUGGGAAGGGACAGUCCUUGCCAUGUGGUUCUAUUCCUUGAAUGUUUGAUAUCUUUGGCUGAUUCUAAGCAAAACCAAGGAAACCAGGAAUUGCUAGCAUAUAAGGAGAGCUUGUAUGAAGUAAUAGUGAAACAAUGAGAGAUGGGAAUUCCAAGAAAAGCAAGCUCUCAUGGUCAAAGAAAAUGGUCAGAAAGUGGUUCAACAUCAAGAGUAAGACUGAAGACUUUCAGGCUGAUGAUGUUUAUGAAGGUGGUGAUGUUGAAUACAGGACUAGCUUCUCAGAGAGGGAACCUUGCACAAUCAAAAAGAGCAAAACAGAGAAAUCUAGCAAGAACAACGAGCAGAAUCGGCGUGGGAGAAUGAAUCUUGAACAUCCUCGAAUCAUAGAUGUGCAGAACUAUAGCAUUUUUGUUGCUACAUGGAAUGUGGCUGGAAGAUCACCACCAAGCAACUUAAAUCUAGAUGAAUGGCUUCAUGCCUCACCUCCUGCAGACAUUUAUGUUCUUGGGUUUCAGGAGAUUGUUCCACUAAAUGCUGGUAAUGUUCUGGGCGCUGAAGACAAUGGCCCUGCUAAGAAAUGGUUAUCUCUCAUUCGGAAGACUCUGAACAAUCUUCCUGGGACCAGUGGGUGCAGUGGAUGCUAUACACCAUCUCCGAUCCCAGAACCAAUUGUAGAAUUAGAUGCAGAUUUUGAGGGAUCAGCUAGACAGAAGAAUUCGUCUUUCUUUCACCGCCGGUCAUUCCAGGCAACGCGCAGCUGGAGAAUGGACAAUGACCCUUCAAUCCCACAGCCACGACUUGAUCGGCGGUUCAGUGUAUGCGAUAGAGUAAUCUUUGGUCACAGGCCAAGUGAUUUUGGUCACAGGCCAAGUGACUAUAGUCAUAGGCCAAGCGACUAUAGUCACAGACCUAGCGACUAUGGUCAUAGGCCUAGUGACUAUGAUCCCAAUUACCGGUGGGGUCAGAGACCAAGUGAUUAUUCCAGGCCAAGUGACUACUCCAGAUGGGGUUCAUCUGAUGAUGAUAAUGGUCCUGGUGAUUCACCAAGUACUGUUUUAUUCUCUCCAAUGUCCUAUACUUAUGGUGCAUCUGCAUCCAAUGAUGAUGGAUAUAGAAUACAAGGGCAUUCAAGAUACUGCUUAGUUGCAAGUAAGCAAAUGGUUGGCAUAUUUCUUACCAUAUGGGUCAGGAGCGAAUUGAGAGAUCAUGUUCGAAACAUGAAAGUAUCAUGUGUUGGAAGAGGGUUGAUGGGUUACCUUGGAAAUAAGGGAUCUAUUUCAGUCAGCAUGUCUUUGCACCAAACAAGCUUCUGCUUUGUUUGCAGUCAUUUAACCUCAGGACAAAAGGAGGGUGAUGAGCUAAGAAGGAAUGCUGAUGUCAUGGAGAUUCUCAGGAAAACAAGAUUUCCAAAGGUUCAGAGUGCGGGGGAUGAGAACUCCCCAGAAACUAUCCUUGAGCAUGAUCGAGUUAUUUGGCUUGGGGAUUUGAAUUAUCGAAUUGCACUAUCUUACCGCUCAGCUAAGGCACUAGUUGAGAUGCAAAACUGGAGAGCAUUAUUAGAGAAUGACCAGUUACGGAUAGAGCAAAGACGAGGACGUGUUUUUAUCGGAUGGAAUGAGGGGAAGAUUUAUUUCCCACCAACAUACAAGUAUUCAACUAAUUCGGACAGAUAUGCAGGGGAUGAUAUGCACCCUAAAGAGAAACGUCGAACACCUGCUUGGUGUGACCGAAUAUUGUGGUACGGUGAAGGGCUCCAUCAACUAUCUUAUGUGCGAGGGGAAUCUAGAUUUUCAGAUCACAGACCAGUCUAUGGCAUAUUUUGGGCAGAGGUUGAGUCUAGCCAUAACCGGUUGAAGAAAAGCACGAGUUAUUCAAGUUCAAGGAUUGAGGUGGAGGAGCUUCUGCCCUAUUCACAUGGAUAUACUGAACUAAGCUUUUUCUAAAAGGAUGUGACUUGUGAGAAUAAUGAUGACCCACAUUGAUUCAUAUUCAAGAUACCAGUAGUGUUGAUGAAGUUUCAAUUUUAUUUUUUUCUGCAAAUCAAAGAAUGGUUGACAUCUUCAAUCAAAUCAGGGCGGGAAUCACUUUGAAGAAAAUUCAUCUCCUUAUAAGGGUGAUAGAGACUUUCCGUUGCCCACAAACCGAAAAAGGGGUUUUUAACAACGUAAUUUUGGUCGGGUUUAACUCAUUUUCACUUACCAACAUCCAACAUUUUGUACAGUUUGAUCAACAUCAAUCAUAGCUUGUUAGCUAAUUGAUAUGUAUAUCAGUUCCAGACUUAUCCACCAUUAUUUGGUUACCCAAUUAACAGACAACUUUCCUUUUUUGCCAUCUCAUAGUUCCUUACAACCAUUUUUCAGACUCUGCACAAUGAUUAGGAAGAACUUGACCAUUCAAAAAAACUGACCAGUUGGAAGAUGAGGAUUCUUUUUCUUUUCUUUUUUGUUUGGAUUUUUUUAAUUCAAGAUUCUUUAUUUGUUUUAGGGAAUACAUAUGAAAUAUGAUAUGACUGAAGCGAAUGUGAAAGAUGGUCAAAAUAACCAUUUGUAUACUUCCUUUCUUUUUUUUCUUGUUCUUUUUUUCUGAUUUAAUGGAAAGAGUAGCAAAGAUAAAAAAAAAGAAUUAAAGUUCCUGAACCCUCUUGCUCUCCUUUGCUAAUGAUUGUACUGAGAAAAAGUAUGUUUUCUUAAAAGGCUUUCCCAUCCCCACUUCUGGUUUACUUUUCUUAAAUUAUUUAUUUAUUUAUUUAUUUUUAUUGUGAGGUUGAAUAACAAAUGUAAAAAGCACAAACCAGGUUUUACAGAUUUUGGCAGACAUAUAGGAACUGGGAAGCCAUGAUUUAGAGAC